AUGCUCCGAGAAGUCAAACCGAAAAAUGCCCGAACGGCCCGCAUCCUCAAGAAGCGGGAGCCUCAGCUCAUCGAGCCGCCGAAGCGCACACUCCUGCUGCACGGCACAAGGUGCCCGAUGCCACUGAACACCGUCCUCAAGACCUUCCACUGCCUGACAAACCCGCAUUCGGUGUUGUUCAACAGGAAGAACGAGAACAUCCACCCGUUCGAGAGCACGGAGAGCCUCGAGUUCCUGGCCAACAAGAAUGAGUGCGGCAUCGUCGUGUUCGGCAGCAGCAACAAGAAGCGGCCCAACUGCGUGACGCUGGCCCGGAUCUACAACUCCAAGGUGCUGGAGAUGGUCGAAUUGCUUCUUCUCCCCCAGCCGGGAGACGAAUCGCUCACACCGACCAAUGCGCUGAAGAUGCACAUUGGGAUCGGGCUGCGGCCCAUGAUCCUCUUCGCCGGCAGCGUCUGGGCGGACGAGACGUCGACGACGUUCGCGAUGAUCAAGAGCAUCCUCCUGGACAUGUUCAAGGGCGAGGAGACCAACAAGCUGGACGUCGAAGGGUUGCAGUACCUGAUGAUGGUCGGAGCGGAGGAACCCGCGGGCCAGGGUAUGCUGCCGGUGAUCCACAUGCGAUGGUACAAGAUCCGCACGCGGCGGAGCGGCCACAAGCUGCCGCGUGUCGAGCUCGACGAGAUUGGCCCCAAAUUUGACUUCAAGGUCGGCCGCGUCCGCCCGGCGGAUCCGGACGUCAUGAAGGAAGCCAUGAAGCAGGGCAAGCGGCCCAACGAGGAGCCCAAGACGAAGAAGAACAUUGAAAUGGACCCGAUCGGUGACAAGAUCGGCCGCGUCCAUCUCGGCAAGCAGGAUCUGAGCAAGCUGCAGACGAGGAAGAUGAAGGGUCUCAAGAGGCGCGCGGGCAUCGAUUCGGAUGACGAGGGAGGUUCGGACGUGGAUAUGAUGGAUGUCGAUGAGAUUUCGGAAGGUGAAGGCAAAAAGAAGAAGGCUAGAACAAGCUGA